AUGGAAGCGAUGUCCCCCCAGCAGGAGACUCUGGGGGGGCAGCCGGGGCGCUCCUCUUCCCUGACAGGAGUGUCUCUCAUCGCGAUGGGGAGAGGGACAAAAAGAAAAAUGAAAAUGGAAGCAGAAAGGAGGAGGCGUGCUCCAUCUCAUAUCCUGGGUAAAGCCUUACAACGGCCUAGUACCAGGAAAAGUCCUUCUGCUAGUGUUGACACAUCUGCAUUUCUGUCAUCAUUUAUGUGCUCCAGUAGGACUCUGCUGAUUGAUGCCCCAGCAGAACUGAAAAGAGGCCUGCAGAGGAAGGAGCGACACCUUUUCCUAUUCAACGAUCUGUUUGUUGUGACUAAAAUCAAAUAUAACAACAACUUUAAGAUAAAAAAUAAAAUUAAAUUAAGUGAUAUGUGGACAGCAACCUGUGUGGACGAAGUGGGAGAAGGCAACACCAAUGCCAUGAAAUCCUUUGUCUUGGGCUGGCCCACAGUGAACUUUGUGGCCACUUUCAGUUCUCCGGAACAAAAGGAAAAAUGGUUCUCUCUCCUUCAGAGAUACAUCAAUCUAGAGAAAGACAAGGACUACCCGAAGAGCAUUCCGCUCAAAAUCUUCACCAAGGACAUUGGGAAUUGUGCCUAUUCUAAAACUAUAACAGUAAUGAAUUCAGAUACAGCGAAUGAAGUUAUCAACAUGUCAUUAACAAUGCUAAGGAUAACUGGCUCAGAGAGAGAUUACCAGUUAUGGGUCAAUUCUGGCAAAGAAGCGGCACCAUACCCACUCAUUGGGCAUGAAUAUCCUUAUGGAAUUAAAAUGAGCCAUCUUCGAGACACUGCACUCCUGACACAGGGAUCAAAGGACUCCACCACACCUCUCAACUUCCAGGAGCCCUUCCUUAUGGAACAGCUGCCCAAAGAGAUGCGGUGCCAGUUCAUUCUGAAGCGCAGCCAUCUGGCUAUGGCCCAGCAACUGAGUGAUUCAAAUCAGAAGACAUUUAAAAGGAGAAGAUCUAUCUUAAACUGGGCCUUUUGGCGAGGUUCUAGCACUCACCAGCACAACUUGCCCAUAUCUCCAACAUCUCCUGUGCCAGGACAGCUGUUUGGAGUUUCUCUGCCAAAUAUUUGUGAGAAUGAUAAUCUGCCCAAACCUGUCUUAGAUAUGCUUUAUUUUCUUAAUCAAAAAGGACCCCUAACAAAAGGAAUCUUCAGGCUAUCAGCCAGUCUGAAAUCCUGCAGAGAGCUAAAAGAGAAACUGAAUUCUGGCGUCGAAGUACACCUAGACUGUGAAUGUAUUUUUGUGAUAGCAUCUGUUUUAAAGGAAUUUCUGCGAAAUAUUCCUGGAAGCAUUUUUUCAUCAGAUCUCUAUGAUCACUGGGUCUGUGUAAUGGAUCAAGGAAACAAUGAAGAGAAAAUAAAUACAAUUCAAAGGCUAUUAGACCAGCUUCCGAGAGCAAAUGUUAUUCUCCUAAGGUAUCUUUUUGGGGUAUUACACAACAUCGAACAACAGUCCUCGUCUAACCAGAUGACUGCAUAUAAUUUAGCUGUGUGUAUCACUCCAAGCAUCCUUUGGCCUCCUCUUUCCUCCAGCCUGGAAGUACAAAAUGAAUUUACAAAAAAGGUUCCCCUGCUUGUACAGUUUCUGAUUGAAAAUUGCUGCAGGAUAUUUGGUGAAGAAAUUACUUCCCUCUUAGGAGAGACUUCAGUGAGAUGUGGCACUAGAGAGAAUGCCUCAGAUAUCUCUUGCUUCCAACCAAGUGACUCUUCCCAUAACAGCUUGGAAAAUGAAGUAAAUGGGGAUGUGGAUGCUCCAUGUAGUGACUUGGCAAAGAAACUUGACCAGAGUAGCAGAAGCAUGGACUCUAUCUUAACCCUCAGUGACCAUGACCUUGACCAGCUUGAGGAGGAAGGCCUUGACCAGCCUGAGGUGGAAGGCCUUUUAACCGUGAGUGACUUUGACUUAGACCAGUCUAAUGAUGAAGACAUUCAAAUGAAACAGCCUCUUGAAUCCAAGCCGAUGACUGUUGCAGUGAUGUACAGAGAGGCCCUCCCACUACAGGAGCAUGCCAGGGCCCGAUCUGACAUGUACACACCCAGCCACCUGUCCUCAGAUGCAAGAGAUGCUCCAAAAACCCUGAGGCGACAGCUUUGCUGCUUGGAGCCCAGCACCGACUGUCUAGAUUCUAAGCUUUCCUCUCCCGAGGUUUAUCAGAAAAAGCUACACAAGUCCAGCUAUGAUGCAAUUCUCUCUCAAAAAGAUGAGGAUUAUCUGAAGCAGAAUCAACCUCUCCAGGGAGGGGAUAAGACAUGUUUUAAACAGAGUUCAGUCACAAGCACUGAUGUCAUUGAGAAAAAUGCCACCAACAUAGAUAACCAGCACUGUAAACUGACCUAUCUCAGGGGGAUUGAUUCAAAGAAACAACAUAAAACCAGCUGUGAAGCUGGUCUCUUGCAGGGAGAGGAGGAUUAUCUCAAACAGCAUAAGUCUUUGCAAAUGGAGGGGCAAAAGCUUAUUAAUCAGAGUUUGGUCAUGGGGAUUGAGGUGGGCAAGAGUAGUGCCACAAACCAAAACACUGAGCAGAUUUUACUCCCAAGAUUAAGCCUUUGCCCAAAGACUAGCUGUUCCAGCUUAUUCUCCCCAGGCACUUUUCCAUCUGGCUCAUCAGUGAGCUGUCAGGACAGUCCUUUUUCUCAGACUUCUGAACAUUCUGUGUUUACACCCACUGAAACUCCCUCUCCAAUAGAUUGCAAUAUUCUGGCUCAAAGAAAACAGGGAGAGCUUUCUUCUGACUUUAGCAGUUCCAACUUCAUUUCUGGAAUGCCUGGUCCAUCAUCAGGGCAGGGCAGCAGCCACCUCGUCAAUACAAAAAAGGAUAGUGUAGGGCGGCAUUCACAAAUGCGUUCUGUAACUCUUCACCCCAACACAUGGUUGAGAAAUGGCAUAGCCUGUUUGAGAAACUGGUCCCUCAAAAAGAAAGCAAAGGUAGCCAGGCCAGAGGAAAAUAAAAUAGGUUCUCUAAAAGGACUUUCAGAGCCACCUCCUCAUGAUUCUGGUCUUCCAGAAGCCAACUCACUGGAAGAAAGACAGAAAGACAUGCCCAUGAAGUCCGUGGAUGUACUUGGUACUGUGCAGACAACCCUUUCAUAUAAUUCUUCUCCCUCCCAGGAAUCAGAGAGACACAGCAGCUCUCCAUUCAGCCUAAUAGACAGCGCAUUCAGACUGUGUAUGAAGUCCCACAAGGAUGUCAAGCCUGUAGGUCAGGGCUAUUCUAGAGUUCUGUGUUGGGGAAGAGCCUCAGCCAGCUUUCGGACAAUGGAGGAUAUGGCCAGCCCAGACAUUUAACCAAAGACAUUUAACCACAAUGAGGAUCCGACAUCUACGAGAACAAGAACUGGGCUAAUAAUAUAAAGAUGAUAGUUAUUAUGACCCCUUUGUACAAGAUAU